UUAAUGAAACUUGGUCAGCUUGACAACUGCCAGCUGGAGAUCAACAGAAUCUCCUCCAGAAAAUGACAGUCAGUUUCCUCUUGGAGUUUAUGCAGUACCGGCAGCUGUUCCAAAUGGUGAUUGUAUUAGGAAUGAGUGGUACCCUCCUUAUUGGCUUCCAGGUCUCUGUGAUCACCUAUCCAUCCCAGGAUAUCAAGAGUUUCAUCAAUGAGACGUGGCUGCAGCGACAUGGUGUGUCUCUCCCGCCAGACAGGCUGGCUGUGCUGUGGUCCUUCAUCAUCUCCAUCUACUGCCUGGGGGGUCUUCUGGGCUGUUUAUGGAGUGGAUCCCUGGCUGUGAGAUAUGGAAAAAAGAAAACUUUAAUUUGCAGCAAUUUUAUUAUAAUUGUGGGAGCUCUUCUUAUUGGUUCCAGUAAGAUGGCCAGGUCUUUUGAAAUUAUUCUGAUGGGCCGUUUUCUUUAUGGCAUCAGUGCAGGACUCUGCCUGAAUAUUCAUGGACCCUAUCUCAGCGAAAUUUCCCCCAAGAAGUUCCGAGGCUUCGCCACCACCACGGCAGCCAUAUUUUUUUCCCUCGGAAAAGCCCUGGGGCAAAUCUUGGGCUUAAGAGACAUUUUAGGCACCGAGACCCUGUGGCCCCUCCUGCUGGCACUGUGUGGUUUCCCAGCCCUGCUGCAGUUGCUGCUGCUGCCGUUCUUCCCAGAGUCGCCCCCGUACCUCCUGAUACAAAGGAAGGAUGCUGAUGCCUGCCGAAAAG